AUGAAUUCUGAUAUUGCGCUUUAUCGGACUCGUAGGUCACAUUCUACUGUGCAUGUAUGUUUUAGAAAAGUUUAAAAAACAUUAAAAUAUAUUAAAAUUAUAAACUAAUUUUUUGCAUUAAAUUGAAUUGUUUUAAAAAAUUACAAAAACGAUUAAAGUUUGUACAUUUUUAAAAACAUUUAGCCACCAAAGCUGGACGUUGAUGAAAAACCGGCUCAUGUUCAAUUUUUUCAAUAUAAUACGAAAGAUUACAUUAUCGAUCUAAACGAAUGUUGUGAUGAUCGCCGUUUUUCUGAUACCAAUGUAUGUUUGUGCGUUUCAAUAAACUGUAGUUUAGUUUUCACAAAAAUUAAAAAACAAAUGGCACGAAUGCAAAAAAGACGGUGGUGUUAUUAACUACGAUUUGAAUUGUAUGUAUAAGUUGUUGGACGGAGAUUACAAUUUGUCAAUGCAGGUAAAGUUUGCUUUUUAUAUAUUUAUACUAAAAAAUUAAACUUUAUAUUCAUAUUUAAACUUUUUAAAUACUUCAGUUAAAUAUUGAGCGCGGAACGCUGCGGCGCAAGCCUAUGCGUUUUCAAAGCAUCGUACAACCAUUUAAUAGUCACCGUUGGAAUUUCACGAGGCUGAAACCUUAUGAAUUUAUGUAUUAUGCUCGUUGCGCCGACCACGCUUACAAUACGGAUCCUUUAGAUGUUCAUGCUGUAUGCGUAAAUGCUUCGCCAAUAGAAAGUGGUCAUUUUUUAAUAGUACCGUCAUUAAGCAAACGGUUUCCGCAGGUAUGAGUUGCAAACAAAAUAGACGUUAACCUAAAUUAUUAAUUUGCUUUGGGAAAAUUAUAAUUUGCACUAAAGUAUCUUUUGGUUUGACAUAGUAUGCGUAUUUUUGACAUUGGAAGUAUUGUAUUGUUUGCUUUUGUCAUUUUUAAAUUAUAGAAUUAAACAGAAUGACUUUAAUUUUUUAAAAUAAAAAAUGUCAUAAAAUUAUGCUUUAGAUAAUGACUGAAACAGGAAUACGAAUGGCUACUGACUUAAUGUUAAUUGUUGAAAACGAAAAUUUUCAUGUCUUAUAUAACUCGUUGCUGGGACAAGCGUCACUUAACCAUCUACACUUGCACGGUCUAUGGUGGCCUUAUGAGUCGGAUUUAGUUCAUAGAGUAUUUAUUUUUUUUCUGUUAUAAUUUUUAAAUUUAAUCAAAAUAUUUAUAAGUUAUUUUUAGAUUAAAAUAUUAUUAUUACGAAUCAAGUAGAUUUUAAAAUCUAUAAUAACCGUGUGCGGCGUUUGGGAUAGCGACAUUUGCGUUAAACGACGUUUGGGACAACAAAAAAGGCUUUUUAUUUUACUACUCUUACUUUAACCAACCGUGUUAUACACUUGUGGCAUCUAAACGUCGUUUGGUCCUAAAUGUCUUUUGUUCCAAUGAAAUAUGUGGUGUUUUUUUGGACAACAACCUAUUUUUUUAGAAGUUUGAACUAUUGGCAGGCGACUGUUUCGUUAUCAGACGACCAGAUUGGUAUAUUCACGCUUUUUGUUAUCAGCUUAAAGCUAUUGAAGGCCUGGAUUUGUUUGUAAAAAACGUAUGGCAUACUUUGAACUUUCUCACGGUACACAACGUUGCGCAUAACGUUUUUUUCACUAGAGCAGCGCCGCUUCGUACUCAGCUACCUGUGCGACUUGAGCAACGUGGAGCAUCACAAUUUGUUACUGUUUACAUAUUUCCAAGACAGUGUCAUACAGGUGCAAAGCCGAUGAACAACUUUAAUCCAGCGGCGUUGGAGCUAGCUGGUUGUUUAAUGGCUUAUAGUAAGAGUAUAGUAUUUUCAUAUUUUUACUUUUUUUAUUUAUAAUUUUUUGAAACACCGAUAGGCUGCUUAUGUAUAAAGUAUUAUUUAGGUAUUUCUGUAUUAAAAAAAACUCCACCUCAUUUUCAAAAACCGUAUGUUCUAGUCUCGAAUUCUGAAGUUUUGAAGAAGUUGCUUAAAAGCUUAAUUUUUAAAUCUAUUUAAAAUUGCUUGAAAACUGUAGCCUGAUGAAAUAUUAAUAUUUUAGAUUUAAAAUUUUUUGAAACUGCAACAGAACAAAACUGUGUCCGCACUUUUGACGAAGACGCAGCGUUAGACGAUGGUCACUUUGAAACGGUAAUUUAUUUACGUUUAACCAUUGUCUAUUUUUUAACAAAAUUAUUGAAUCAAAUAAUCGCAGUUAUCUUUAGCUGGCAAUUGAGUUAGCCAAACGAAUAUUGGGUUCUGUUCCUUGGGCGGCACAGGUCCCGCCACCAUCAUUUAGUAAAGAUGACUACGAACUGACGGAAUUAGAAGAGUUAACAGAUUCGUUUCAUACGGUAUCUUUACCUGCGCCAACAAAGCCACUAAAACAUUACCGGUCGUUCAACCUAGGCAAGCCUACUAAUGACGGCUCCAUUGAGGAACCGGCUCAGCGUAAAAGAAGCCAUACGACAGAUGCGUCCAUGGAGUUUUCUAAAAUUUGUGAAGAACACGGAAACGAAUAG